AUGAAUUCAAACUAAACAGAAAUACAAGAAUAAUAGGUUGUUGAAAAUACAGAAAACAUUGAUACUACCAAUACAGAAUAACUACUUGAUUUCACCAAUAUGUUUAAAACUCAAAAAGUAGCAAAACCUAAAUUGCUAAAUAGAUAAUAAUCAUAAUAAUAAUAACAAUAAUAAUAAUAACAAUAGCAAUAAUAAUAAUAAUAAUAAUAGUCAACUUAAACUGCAGAAGAGCAAAAUAAUAAAUCCAUAAAAAAUACAGUGCCAAGGAAUCUUACUAUUACUUAAGAAAAAAUGAGUUAACGAAGAUGUUUAGAUGUGCGUAGAUGGUAUAGUUUGAGCAGACCAUAAUACUAAAGAAGUUGUGGAAUUUCUUCAGUUGUGACUUGCUGGAAUUAUUUAUUUUCUACAUUAGGUGUAGGAAAUUUAAAUCCACUUUCCUAAGAAGAAGUAAUUGUUUCAUUGGGUUUAACUGCAGAAGUAGGACCUCAUUUUAAUGAUGUAGAAUUCGGAUCUUUUAGUGGAAACAUGUCCUUAAUAUCUUGGUUUAAGAAUUUAUGCAGGUUGCACAAAGUGCAAGGAAGAGCCUAUUUUUUAUGGAAGAAUGAAGGAGAUUUUGCUACUCCUGGUGUUGAUAGAGAUGUUGCACUCUAAAAGUUAACAGCUGGAUUGAAAACUGAUAAAAUUUCCUUUAUUUAUCACGCUUAUGAUCAUUAUUUCUGUCCUAUUGGAUUUGAAUGCACUCCAAAUAAAUAAGUAGAGGCUUUUGUCGAUGAAAUUGAUUAUGAUGAUUGUCAAUAUUGGAUUAUUAUUGCAGAACCAGCAAAACCUUAUCCUAUGUUUACCGUUAGAAAGUGGGUUGAUAUUGCUUAAGAUUUAGAAUUAAAAUAUCCUCAAUAUAUGAAUAUUCGAAAAAUGGAUGAGGGAAUAAAAAACUACAAAUAUGACAAGGGAGUUAGUUAACAUUGCAUCAUGGCAUUUGAGAGGAUAGAUCCUAAACCAAAAAAAGUGAUGGAAAAAAAAGAGAAACCCGUAACAAAUGAGGAGGUUUAAAUUGAUAAAUCAAAUUUACCUGAUUAGAAAGUUGAGAUUCCUGAAUUAACACAUGUAAAAGCAGAAAUUCCAGAAUAACCUAUUGACGAUCAAUUGAAAUAAAAUGAUCAAUCAUGA